AUAAAAAUAAAAAUCUCUUGGGCCCUUUGAAGUUUGCCUUUGCUAAGAUUGGAACCGACCGACAUUGCAAGUUUUUGCUCUUUUAUUUUUGCAAAAAAAAGGCGCCAAACUUUGGAUCUGGCGAGAAGAGGAUCUGGGGGAAGAGGAGUAAGAAAGAUCCGUUUGGGCACAGGACAACCGCCACAAUGUGGAUCCAAGUGCGCACCAUGGAUGGGAAAGAGACACAUCGGGUGGACUCUCUUUCCAAGCUGACGAAAGUGGAAGAGCUCCGUCAGAGGAUCCAUGAAGUUUUCAGGGUGCUACCUGACAGACAGAGGCUUUUCUAUCGAGGCAAACAGAUGGAAGAUGGCCACUCCCUCUUUGAUUACAGCGUGAAUUUGAACGACAUCGUCCAGUUGUUAGUGAGACAAAGCCCCACUCUCUUGCCUCUGGUGAACAAGGAGAAAGACUCUGAACUUUCGGACACGGACUCUGGCUGCUGUUCAGGCCAAAGUGAAUCGGACAAAAGCUCCAAUAAUGGGGAAGGGGCCGUGGAGAUGGAGGCCCAGUGCAGUACUGCCGUUGGGACUGACUUGGUGGACCCCGGCUUUGGAUUCUAUAAGAUUAACGAGUUGGUAGACGCUCGCGACACGAGCAUGGGAGCCUGGUUCGAAGCGCAAGUUGUGAAAGUGACUCGGAAAGGGAACUCGGCGAGCAAGGCGAACGAAAGUGACGAAGAGUCCAAUUUGGAAGAAGCCGUUCCCGAUGAGGACAUUACGUAUCACGUGAAAUAUGAAGACUAUCCAGAGAACGGUGUCAUCCAGUUGAGUUCCAGAAAUGUCCGUGCUCGUGCCAGGACAGUUUUAAAAUGGGAAGAGAUAGAAAUCGGAGAUGUCGUCAUGUUGAAUUAUAAUCCCGAUGAUCCAAAAGAGAGGGGCUUCUGGUACGACGCGGAGAUCCUCCAGAAGCGGGAAACAAGGACUUACAAAGAAUUAUACGCCAAGAUUGUUCUUGGUGAUGGUGGAGAUAUCUUGACUGAUUGCCGAAUUGCUCUGGUGGACGAGAUUUACAAGAUCGAAGAACCAGGCUGUGCUGUUCCUUUGACGGCAGAAAGUCCCCAAAAAAGACAAAGCGGACCCGUGUGCAAGCACUGUAAAGACAACCCGAGCAAAACCUGCCGGAUGUGCGCCUGCCACAUAUGCGGUGGGAAACAAGACCCUGAAAAACAGCUCAUGUGUGAUGAGUGUGACAUGGCUUUCCACAUUUAUUGUCUUGACCCCCCUCUUAGCAGGAUACCUGACGAUGAGGACUGGUAUUGUCCCGAAUGCCGAAAUGAUGUGAAUGAGGUGGUUUUGGCCGGUGAGAAGCUGAAAGAAAGCAAAAAGAAAUCUAAAAUGGCAUCUGCUAAUUCAUCUUCUCAGCGGGAUUGGGGCAAGGGCAUGGCAUGCGUGGGACGCACAAGGGAAUGUACCAUUGUGCCAUCAAACCAUUAUGGGCCCAUCCCUGGAGUUCCAGUGGGAACCAUGUGGAAAUUUAGAGUCCAGGUGAGUGAGUCGGGUGUCCACCGGCCUCAUGUUGCUGGGAUUCACGGCCGGAGCACCGAUGGAGCCUAUUCUUUGGUCCUGGCUGGCGGAUACGAAGAUGAUGUAGAUCAUGGAAAUUCUUUCACUUACACGGGGAGCGGAGGCCGUGACCUUUCGGGGAACAAGCGGACAGCUGAACAGUCUUGCGAUCAAAAACUUACAAAAAUGAACAGAGCUCUGGCCCUGAACUGCAGUGCGCCGAUUAACGAUAAAGAGGGUGCCGAAGCCAAGGAUUGGCGAGCUGGGAAACCAGUUCGAGUGGUGCGGAACAUGAAGGGAGGCCGAUACAGCAAAUAUGCCCCCACAGAUGGAAAUCGUUACGAUGGGAUCUAUAAGGUAGUUAAAUAUUGGCCCGAAACAGGGAAAUCUGGCUUCUUGGUUUGGCGUUACAUGCUCAGGAGAGACGAUGAAGAGCCAGCCCCUUGGACCAGAGAAGGCAAAGAGAGGAUGAAGAAACUUGGCCUGACCAUGCAGUAUCCCGAAGGGUACCUGGAAGCCGUUGCAAACAAAGAUAAAGAAAACAGCAAGAAAAUAGAAGAAGAAUCCCCAGUUCAAGGGAAGAGGAAAAGGAAAUCCGGAAACGAUUCGGACCUUUGUGCCUCUCCUGCCACGACCCCAAAGAAAACUAAAGUUGAAGUCUACAAACUCACUCCCCAGCAGAAGGCUCUCAUCAAAGACGAUGAAGCCAACACCAAGUUGUGGAAUGAAGCACUAGAUGCCCUUAAGGAAGGACCGAAAUUCCUGAGCAAAGUGGAGGAAACCUUUCUGUGCAUCUGCUGCCAAGAGGUGGUUUUCCGACCAAUCACCACGGUGUGCCAGCACAACGUAUGUAAGGAUUGCCUGGAUCGAUCUUUUCGAGCCAAAGUCUACAGCUGUCCAGCCUGCCGCUACGAUCUUGGCAAAAACUAUACGAUGGAAGUCAACCAACCCCUGCAGGAUCUUCUCGUUCAGCUCUUCCCGGGUUACGGCAACGGACGGUGAUUCUGUAAAGCACUUCUCAUUUCCGUUUUUGGAGUUUAGUUCUGUUUUUGUCUUGCCCCUUCGGGAAAAAAAAAAACGUGUGUGAUUUUGGUGGGGUUUUAUUUAAAUAAAUAACCUUUUGGAAAAACUUCUGUCUCCGUUCCCCCUUCCCAGCCCCCCCCCCAAAAAAAAAAAAAAGCUAAGAUUGAGGAACUUGCUUUUAUAAAUAUAUAUAUAUUAUUUUGGUAGCAUUUCCAAUUAACAUAUAUACGGAUCAGAGCAUAGGUUGAAGGGAACCUUACAUUGCUUGUCAGAAACCUGCUAUUAAAUUGGAGCGAAGCCAUUCUCUCACGAAUCAAAUCUUGUAUGUAGCUCAAUUGCUAGAACAAUCUUCUGAAGCAAUGGAUCCAGGGCCAUAAGUUUGAAGUGUUUUAGCUGUUUUUAAGGCAGCAUUUUUGGUGUGCUUCUGUGUAAUGCGGCUUGGGCUUCAGCGUUUUCCCUCGGUUGUAUCGAGACUCCAUUGUUUUAUUUGUGUGUAUUGUUUAUUUUUGUUUUUAAAAGCAACAGUUCUUCCUUAUCAACCGUUUGUCUUAAGAGCCUUUAUGCAAAUCGGCUACCUCUGCCUUUGUAUCUGCCAGCCAGGUGCUGCUUCCUAAUUUUUGUGGUGUCUUAUGGGAACAUAUAAAAGCCAUUGAAAAGGACAAUUUAACAGUCCUCUUUGCUGAUCACACUGAUCUCUGAACCCUUUAAAAAAAACAAAACACCGAACUCCAAGCUGCCAGAGGAAAGUUUUGUUCUUGGAAUGAUCAACUGUAAUAUUAUCAUUCUGUAUCGUUAGUUUUAGAUGAUCAUCUUGCAGUCCGCAUGCGUGUUUCUUAACCUGCUAAUUCUGAAUUUUCUAGUUUUGCUUAGGAUGGGAAACUAGAUAUGUAACUAGUUUUUGAAUGGAAAAUCUUGACUAUAUAUUCAGCGGUCAGUUGUUUCUCACCUCAACACUCGCAAUACUCUACAGUGAAUACCUCAACAUAAUAAAUAAACCAGGGUUGCUAAAUAAAUCACUCUUCACGCUAAACAGACUGGAACAAAUGUACUUGUUUUUUUUGCAUUUUUAUAAAUCUGUAAUAAUGUUCAGAAGCAAGCAACUUUUUUUACCUUUCUGAAUUAUGCUAAUUUUGUACAAACAGAAGUUCUCAAAAUAAAAUACAUUUCCUAUCAAAAA